AUGUCUCCCCGCGGUCAGAAACACAUUGCUGCUGAAGCCGAGCCUUGCACGACGCGCUCCAAGGUCGCGAAGACCGACGCACCAGCGAAUGGCAAGGCUGCUGCAAAGAGUGCAAAGAGGGGCUCCAAGGCUUCGCUGGGUGCUGCGGUCUUCAAGGCGAAGGCCCUCCUGACCCACGUGAACCUCACCCACACGCCGCCUGUCCUGGCAGAGGAUGCGAAGAACGUCCACGGGCAGCUAUGGCUGGAAAGCGUCACUUUCGAGCUCGAGAACGAGACGGAAGAGAAGGAGAAGUUACAGGUCAUGAUGACGUGCGUUCAACGCGACUGUCAUUGGCAGCAAAAACGCUGUCCUGCUGCGCGCUGUUGCACCGUCUUCGAGGACCAGGCCGAGGUCGCGACACGGCGCCUGCGCGCGCUGGACGAUCCCGAGCAUAACGACUUCGUCAUCGCGCUCGGUGGCGGCAAGAUGAUUGACACUGCUAAGUGCGUUACAGACCUGCUCCAGCCACCCGUCGCAGUCCUGCCCACGACGACGUCGACGGACGCACCAUUCGCCUUUGGCGCGGUCGCGCAGCUCAUCUUGAAUGGCGCCGACUUCGCGGAGCUCGACCGCUACAUCGAGGCACGAGCCAUAUUGGUGCCACUGCCGCCAUCCCUCGCACGAAAGACUUACUGUCGCGACACUUGGAAGGCCGAGCACCCUGACUGCCAAGAGGACUUGGCUGCCUUUGAGGCCUAUUGGAAGGGCCUCACCGAGGGAGAAAAAAGGACGUUCAAUAAUCUUGCAGCUAAGGCGAAGCAUCAGCUGAAUCGGACGGCGGCGAGCACGGCGUAA